UGGCUGAACACACAAAACCUUUUGCCAAUAUUCUAAUCCACAAAUUAUCCUUUUGCAGCGAAAAUCACACAUUAUGAGUCAACCGACAAAGAAAGAAAAUCUUUGACAAGUAUGUUGGAGAGGUUUCCUCAUGAAAUUCAGUCCAAGUAUCUCGUCAGAUGGCUUUAGGGUUACCUGGCUGACAGCUUGUCAGGCGAUCUCGAACUAUAGAGGAAUUUUUGAUCAAGCUUAUGCUUAUGUGGUCGGCUAGGCAACGAUAAAUGUGGUCAACUGGACUGGAAAGUAAUCAUAAUAGAGUAAAGGCAGCGACAGGCAAAGGGCUAUCGAGCAAUGAAGAAGAUCUAGGGGACAUAAACAUUAGUUUCUAUAGCGGUGAAGUGCUAGGCAGAAAGGAAUGGAUGCGAUCGAUUUACGAGAGGAAAGAUAAUACCACCAAAGAUGUUCUUGCCAGUACGAACGCCAGUGAUAUAGAAUAUAUAACCAACUUUCCACUUAAAAAGUCUGAAAAAAAGCCCUUGGAAAUGACAAGAGGGAGAAAGCACUUGACGAGGCAUUUUACUGAUGAGUUGCUGUUGGAAAAUAAACCCGAUGAAAGCAUUCGAACGGUGAAAAUCGAGAGAACUCAAAGUGAUCCUUUGGGUUUCUACAUAAGGCAAGGAGAUGGAUUUAUGAACAAGACUGGAAUCUUCGUAUCUCGUAUUUUAAGUGGAAGUCUCGUAGAGAAUAUUGGAGUUUUGAAAACUGGAGAUGAAAUUUUGAAGGUAAAUCAUGUUGACGUGAGGGGCUUGUGUCUCAGCGAUAUCGUAAAAUUAAUUCAAGUUCCUAAGCUUCUAAUUCUUACAGUACGUCUGUCAAGCAGCCAAAAACACUCUCGACCCAAACUCUCAUCACGCCACAGCUCUCCAAGUUUAAUAUCAGCUGAAGAAAAAGAUCCUAAGAAAUCUUAUAAAUCCAAAACGAAAAGCAAACAUUCUCAAACUGAUAGUUUUUACCAAAUGACAGCAAACAAUGAGGAGAAAAAUAAACAACGAGACGAUCGCGAGUACCACAUGAAUACAAAUAAGCCUUCUUUUGACCUUUCUAAAAAUAGUUCCGCUACUGAGGAUCUUGUUUUGCUGUUACAAGCUGGAAAACAAGACAUUGGGAAAGUAACUUACGAGCAUGGAAGUACAAGAAAACUGGAAAGAAGCUCAACAUUUACAACUGAAAAAGAAAACGACAAAAUUGACUCUGUUUAUGCUAAACCAAGACCUAACUUUGACAGGUUGGUGUCUGUCAGCUCUCAACAACAAAUUAAUGAAAGAUCGUCAAAAGCUGUACAAAAAAUAGCGAGUACUCUUAUCCCAUCCACAACAGUGAACCUUCUGUUCGAUGAUGAAGAAACGCAAACCAGCAGCACUACAACCAAUCCAUACUCUCAAUCUGUACAACUAAAUAAACCGCAAAUGAACUUGACUUGUGAUGGUGCAGCAACAGCAAAAAGUCAAAGCCGUCACGCCAAAAUUGAUACUUUAAAAGUUACCUCACCGGAAAAGUCAUCCCGUAGUCGGUCUAGUUCUCGGGGUAGUUCUCCUGGAGGGAGCCCUGCGGUAAGACGUAGACUCCCUUCCAUUCCACAAGAGAUUGAAGCAGCUAAGAAAAAACACCCAGUAAACGAGUCUACUUCAACAAAAAAGCACCUUUUGAUGCCAGGCAAUGCAGAGCAUAAACCUCACAGAAAACUCCCAACUCCUCCUGCAUCUCCUGUCAUAGGGUACAAGGGCCAAGGACGUCUGUCUGACUCUUCAGUGGAACAAACGGUACCUCGUUCACCCGGCGUACAAAAGCAACAGAACAAACCCGAUCAAAAUGCAUCUAGUUUGAGUGAAGCAGGGUCAUCUAAGAUAGAGACAAAGGCACCAGAUAAGCCGGCACUUGGAAAAACCGAUAAUAGUAAUAACAAUAACAAACUUGAUCACGUGCAAAAUGACAACAAAGAUCCCAAAAAUGAAGAUGGAUCGAAAAACGAAACGAACGAUAAAGCUAAGACCCAAGAACACUUAAAAACCGGUGCUCGUGCUGUAAAACCUACGCCUUACAGAAGGAGUCAAUCUCAGUACUCAGAUUUCUUUGAACAACAAAGACAUUCCAUGUUCUUACACUCUUAUGCAUUUGGUACAUUGAAAGCUACCUCACAAGCCUCUAGAAAUGCCAUUAAAGCCCAUUCUACAGAAAGUUAUGAUAUCCCUUCUGAGGCGGAAGAUUUGUCAAGCACUUUUCCAAGAAAAAGAGUGUUUUCUGAAGUUACUGCAGGGAGGUCCGUCCAGGAGAAAGAGAAAAUAAGAUUUAGACUACCGACCGGUCGUUCACCAGGUGCCAUGCGCAGACACGCAAGUUCAUCGCUGUUGUUUAGCAAAUCAAGCUCCAUUGAUUCAGCAACUGGCAAAGAUAUCAAACUGGAGACCCAGCCAGGGUUUCUGUUGUAUCCGGAUGACUACAAAGAUGAAGACUUGUCAUGUUCUCAUGCUGUAUCAGGAAUGAUGAAAGUACGAGUAAUAAAAGCUACAAACCUUUACUUUAACGAUAAAAAACAAACCAAGAAGAUUUACUGUGCUAUAGAAGUUGACUUUGAGAGAAAAGCUUUUACUGCUGCGAAGAAAGCUACGAAGAAUCCAAACUGGGACGAAGUCUUCGACAUUGAAAUCCAGCACGGGAGAGAAAUGACUCUCAUGUGCUGCAGCUCGAACAAAGAGUUUGACAAACAUGUCGGUCGUUCGUCAUUCUAUCUCACACCACUCGUUCGUAGAGGGCAGAUACACCAGAUGAUCAUAAGGCUUAAACCAGAGGGUUUGUUAUAUGCAGAACUUGAGUUUACUGAGCUCAAAACCCUUCUAAAGCGAGCUCCCUCUGGUAAGCAAACAGGUGUCUUUGGUUUUAAUAUUUCUGUAACUUCUGAGACGGAGCGCUCAAGUAUUCCUCACAUCGUAAGAAAAUGUGUAGAGGAGAUCGAGAAGCGAGGGAUUCAGUCAGUGGGACUGUAUAGGAUAUCUGGGAAUGCGAGACGUAAGGAACAGCUAAGGACACAGUUUGAUGAAGAUAGUACCCACGUUGAUAUCUCUACUGAUAACUGUCCAGAUGUAAAUGUAAUCACUGGAAUUCUAAAGGACUAUUUGAGGGAACUCCCAGAACCUUUGAUUACAGAUAAGAUGUCGCAGGACCUUAUUCUUGGGGUGCAAGACAACAUACAAGAAAAGAGCCCUGACAUGCAGAAAAAGUUUUUAUCCAAGUUAUUAUCUGAACUUCCCAACUCUAACAGGAACACAUUAAUUUACAUUUUGAAUCACCUUUGUCGUGUGAUCAAUGAAGAACAGAAUAAGAUGGACUGUAAAAGCCUGUCUGUAUGUGUUGCUCCUGUUCUACAGUGUUCACCGAAAAAUCUGUCUGAAUCGAAAGAUUUACUAAAUCUUAAAAUGUACCUGACGACUGUUGAAGUAUUACUCGAUAUGUGGAACCGUCUUGAAGUAAGAAUAAACUGAACACAAAUGAUC